GCUAGCUGCUCGGUCCGCAUAAUUUCGGCCGAAAAUGAAACCGAAAACCUGCUAGAGUUGUCCUAUUGAUACUAGAUGCUUCUCUAUAGAAAUGUAAUAGUUUCAUACUACUUGGGUUUAUUAAGCCCAUCGUACUAAAAUUUUGCCUAUUUCCCGCAAUUCCCACAGCCACUAGCCCCCCCCCCUCUCUCUCUCUCUCUCUCUCUCUCUCUGACAAGCGCACACAAACAAUAACACAUACCAAACUGUGAACCUCUCUGUUUUAUCACAGAAAACAGAGGAAAAGCAGAGGAGCCAGAAAGAAAAAGACGUACUCCACAGUCCAGACAACUGCAGCCACCAAAAUGCGGCCAGCUCCACUGCCGGCGGCGACCGCGAUGGCGCAACAUCUCAUCCGCUUGACCUCCUCGCCACCGGCUUUGCCGCCCCCGGUGACCACAUGCAUCCCGCACGGCGGCUGCAAGUGGAGGCCGCCCUCCUCGUCCUCCUCUUCCGGCACCUUGGGGGACUUCCAGGCUUACGCAGCCAUCGCCGUCAUCAUCCUACUCUGUGCUCUCAUCUGCGCCCUCGCCCUCCACGGCGCCGUCCGCUGCUUCCUUCGGCGCCCGCUGGAACAAGACCCCAGGCCACCCAAGCACUCGGGUGAAGCGAUGGCCGCCCCGAUAUGCCCGGGCCCAGCAGUGGCAUUCUCCCCGGGGAUGGAUAUGGCCGGGGGCGAGGAGUGCGCGAUCUGCCUCACGGAGUUCGUGGAGGGAGAGGAGAUAAGGCUGAUGGCGGAAUGCCGCCACGGGUUCCAUGGAAUGUGCAUAGAGAGAUGGCUCCGCUCCCAUUCUUCCUGCCCAAAUUGCCGCCGCAACUGUCUUGUUGUAAAUGUUGACGUAGAUAACGCCGAAGCCGGACAAGCUUCCUUUCCCGUUCCGGCGCAGCAGCAUUUCUGAUGGAGUCUCAUUUUUUAUAGCAUGUUUUCUUUUUCUUUUUUUCCCCCCUUAUGGAACUCCAACUGCCUAAAUGCCAUAAUUGAGCUCAGAGCAACAGAAAGUACUGCCAACCGUUGAUUGUCAUAAAAUCUGCUCUUAUCGUAAUAGCAACCCGAACUCGUUUUCUAGAGCCGGUCCAGAAAAGAAUUUUCGAUCUUAUGAAUGGAACCGGAUCGGCUUUGCAUUCGA